GAAAGCAAGGGGUGGGACGAUCGCGGGAGUAUGCAAUGGCGACGACGACUGGGGAGGUCGAUAACGACUUCGGAACCUUCGGCGCGGAUGACGAGGGGGAGGUUGAGGGUGGAGGUGGAGAUGAGGGAGAUUUUGGCGACGACGGGAUGGAGGAGGAGGAGGAGGAGGAGGAGGAUGAAGGUGGAGUUGGGCGUGGGCUACCGGGUGCAGAGGGUGAAGCUGAAACGGGAGAUGCGACGGCGGACGAGGUGGCGACUAAGCGGUGAGUAGAGCCAAACGUUUCCGGCCGGGAUGAUGGGUAUCCUAGUCCCCCGCCUCCACCUCACACUCCUCACACUCACCUCCCCAACCCCACCCGCCCCAACAACCUCCCCAACCCCAACCCACUACCUCCUCCGCACAGAACUCGGCAUCCUAAGCGGCUCCAAAAAAAAAUUCAGCAUCGCCUCCAGCGCCACAUUCUCCCACCUCUUCCUCGACGUCGCGCGUGAUUCCAGUGGGAAGGUGGUGGGGUGUGAGUUGAAUGGUGCGAGUAGGGGCACGGAUGUGAGUCCCGCGGGGAGGCUGUCUCCGCUUGUGAAGGAGUGGGGGGUUAGGGUUGUGAUUUGGAAGAAAACGGUUGGAUCAUUCAAAACCCGCGGCUAUGGAACCGAGAUGGCGCAUUUCACGCUCGUCCGGCACGAUAACGGGACUUAUGGUGUCAUCCCGGCUCUGCACACUGGGGAUGACGACGCUCAACAGCCACCAGAGGAACGCCCAGCUGCAAGACCGUUGGGACCGCAGGAGUUUCGUGUGCGGAUCAAGGGGGGGUGUAACCCGGUGCCGAGGAAGGGGGAGGAGAGGCCGUUGUUUGGGGGUGUGUGUGGGUUGGAUGUGGAGGUGGAGUGGGAGGAGGUUAGGGUGCCAGUUGGGGUUGAGGAGGAUGGGGAGGUGGAGUUGGAAGGUAGAAAUGAGGAAGCGAUGGAUGUGGAUGGGGACGAAUUUCACGAGGUGGAAGAGGAGGUGGAAGAGGAGAUGAUUGAUUAUGAGAUCCAUCAGCAUGGGAUCGAAGAUGAAGGCGGGGACGCGGAUAUCGACAACUACAUUGAAAACGAGGUCGAUGGGACGCAAGGCCCUACGCGGGUGUUGGUGGUGGGCUCACCGAGAGCGUUGCGAAGGGCUGCUCGGAAGCGGUCCAUCUCCUCACUAAGGGAGGAAAAGGAGGGUCCGCCAAGCCGAAACCUACGGCCGCGAACUUCCGCAAGUGUUGGUAUCUGUACGAAUGUGGAGAAAUUCGAGGACCAUGAGCAAUCUCAACCACAUCGAAAUCUACGGCCUCGAACUUCUGCUGGGAGUGGUAUCUGCAAGGAGCCUGGUCCGUUGAUUGUGGAUGAGGAAGGGUUCGUGGAAGAUGAGGAAAUCAUAGAGAUCGUCGAAGCCCAACCCGACCGCCGACGCCGCUCAGUAGCCCGCUCCGUGACGAACGAUCCCGAACCCACACCCCAACGGACCCUCCGCCCGCGCUCAUCCUCGGCGAUCACGGUGGAUACGAAAGACGGGAUUGUGGAACUGGAAGCGGGGCGACACCGGGAGAGGGUGAAUACUGAGAGGGCGAACGAGGAGAAGAUGGCGGCGUAUGAUGUUGGGACAGUGCUUGAUUAUAGUCGGGGGUAUCAUACUGCGACGAAUUUGCCGAUCUUGGGCGGGGAUGAGGAGGGGUAUGAUAGUGACGAUCACAUGAACAUGGACUUCAUGCUAGCCACCCAGGGCCAGAACCUCGACCGCCUUGCACCCACCCUCCCAUUCACCCGCCGCGCCCUCUAUCUCGCAUGGAACAAGCACUGUUUAAGGGAUAACCCGCUCGGGUCGUGUCAUUUUGGGAAGUCUAUGUUGAGAUUUGUGAAAUCUCUGCAACACUCGCACCACCUCUUCACGCACACGGACCUCGUCGAGCUGGUGUACGCGUUCAAGUGCGCGGAUUUGAUGAGUGCGGAUGAGAUUUAUAGAUGUUUGAGGGUGGCGAAGAGGAUGCGGAGGGAGGCUGGGGCGGUCUCUCCGGGGUGAGGUGGGGAGGUGGGUUGUGGGUGAGGCAGAUAUACACUGGGCGUUCUAGGCGGGUCUAAGAGGGGGUCUCACAUUUUUGGGAAGGUUGUUUAUGCGGCGUAGUGUUGGGUGGAGGGUCAUGAGCUUAUCGGUUGCUGUGCGUGCCAUUGCGACGAUGCAUAAUAAUACUUAGCACGUCCAUAUGGUACUCAAGAUAGCGAUACUGUAUGUGCGGGCUGGCGGCUGUCGGCUGUGAUGCAUGUC